AGAAACAACAGUUCGAAACUUCCGCUGCUGCUACCAACACUGAAUAAAAGCUCUGAAGAAAGAAAAGAACACAGGAAACGCCAGAAAUAAACCGCUUACUAUUUUUUUUCUAUUCUGUACGUGAAGCUCUCCCUAAAAGGCUUGUUAAUUUGGGGAUUCUGUGACAAGCAGCGUCAUGACGUCCUCGCUUCAUUAUCAUUCAGAUGGUAGUGAGAAUGAACAGCCAGAGAAGCAAUCAGAGGCUCACAGCGAGUCUUCAUCCCCUGCUACUGGAAUGUCUCUCCCUGGAACUGUAACAUCAAAUAUGCACUAUGUGAUGCCCGCUCAACUUGGCAAUGAAAAUGCUAUGUUGCAGGCUCAAACAGCUUAUCCUUAUCCAGACCCAUACUAUAGGAGCAUCUUUGCACCAUACGAUGCACAGCCUUAUCCUACACAACCUUAUCCAGCACAACCGAUGGUUCACGUUCAGCUUAUGGGAAUUCAACAAGCUGGUGUUCCUUUGCCAUCAGACGCAAUAGACGAACCUGUUUUUGUUAAUGCAAAACAGUAUCAUGGCAUCUUGAGGCGUCGACAAUCUCGCGCGAAAGCUGAGUCAGAAAAGAAACUUCUGAAAGCUAGGAAGCCCUACUUGCAUGAAUCACGCCAUUUGCAUGCACUGAAAAGAGCUAGAGGAUGUGGGGGUCGUUUUACAGCGAAGAAAACUGAUAACCAGCCGAAACAGGACGAAUCAGGUGAUAACUCACAGGUCAACAUUAAUCUUGAGUCUGGAAAAAACGAGGUUGCUUCUGCAGAGAAUGCCUCUUGAUUUAUGCAGCGAUGCAAUAUCAAGGGUCUUUGUGGACCAUGAAAACAGCAUGCUUUCGUCAAAGUGAAACUGUGGUAGCUGGACAAAAUCAGUGUGAUUAUGGUGUUCUGUAUGUUUAUCUCAGUGUAGAAAGAUCAGAAUAGGCUACUUGUGGAGAGUCACAAAGUGGUCACCGGGCGUAUAUUCUCAAAAUACUAUCUUUCUGAGCUUGUUCGCAGACAUUUUUCUUAUCCUGGUGAUAUGUAAUUACUUCGAGAUUUGUUCAAACUGUAGCUCUGGUAGCUUUACAAAAUAUCGAGUCAGAAAGUAGAGUUACAACAUUUGACAAUAUGUUCUUUUAGUUUAGGAAGAUAAGCUUUUAGUGCUGCUGGUUGAUGGACUCAGCAUUUCGAAGGUCAUGCAUUUUUGUGUCAAUAUCUCGGUAAUAAGAAAAGUUUCCACUGUGAUUACUGGUGCUUGA